AUGUUGGCCGCUAUCGCGCUGUAUGCCUGCGGCAAUGUGCUGGCCGUCGGCAUCGUGCUGCUGUUCUAUUUCAGCUGGGAUCUCCUCAGCUCCUUCCAGGAGCCGUUGCUGUGGGCGUGGCUGUGCCACCUGUCACUGCGGGACGUGAAGGCAUACCUCACCGACGUCGCGCGCCGCGAGCUUCGCACCGAGAACAUCGCGGUCUGCUGCGCCAAGCUGGCGUUCCUGCCGGCGGUCAUCGUGUGGCAGUCCUUUGUCGAGGUGCGUGACAAGCUGGGGGCAAAGUACCAGCAGCUGCUGGAGGAGCAGCAGCAGGCGGCACAGCUGGCCGCACUCACGGGCGCACAGAGCCGCGGGACAGCGCUGAGCCUCGAUCUGGACGCUGCAGCCAGCGCCGCUGAUCUCACACUGGCAGCUUCCCGGCAGCUGGUCAACGGGCCCCUUCGCUCGCCGGCGCCGCGAGGGUCAACCAUCAGCUGCGGGUCAUCGGAGGCCGAGACGCUGGGCGAUGCAUCAGAGCCGGACGGCCUCUCGCCGGCGCACAGUGCGGCUCAAUUGCGGCGCAGGCGAGGCGGAGGGGGCCCACAGCAGCAGCAGCAGCAGCAGCAGCAGCAGCAGCAGCUGCACCAGCUGCGCCCGACGCGGCAGGGAUCACUGCGCAGCGGCGGCAGGCGAGGCGGCAAGGUUGGCGGCGCGAGCACGCCGGCGCGCGGGCGGCAGCCGGCGGAGCGGGGCGGCUGGUUUGGGCGGUGGAUGUCGCCGCACACCGCAAUGCGGCGGCUCAGACGGUACCAGCGCUUUGCGCGGCGGCAUGUGGGCGGCUGGCUCUUUGUCGUGCGCGAGCUGCUCACCUACCUCAUCACGGGCCUGUGGUCGGACGGCCCCGCGGGCCUGCGCGGCGCUCACAGCACUGCAUUGCGCGGCGGCAGCUUUGGUGGUGGCGCAGGGCCUGGGCCAGCCCUAGGCCACCCCCUGGGGUUUGGGGAGAUGCGCCCCUUUGAGCAGCAGCAGCAGCAGCAGCCGCAGCAGCAGCAGCAGCAGGUGGUGGUGGUGUCGUCGCCGGCGCGGCCUCUGUUCAAGUGGCUGCUGCGGGCCCUGGUGGUGGUGGAAGCCUACGGCUGGAUCAAGAUCAGCGGCGCUUACCUCGGAGAUGACGUCACCGGCGACAUUGGCUGGGAGGAGGAUGGAGAGGCGCUGGAUCAGUUUGAAUUUGACGAGGAGCCGGGGGCGGAAGGGGCAGGGGCACAGGAGACGGAGGGCGCCGCCGAGGGGUCCAGCAUGGCGGCGUCGGCGUCUGCGCGCGGUUUACUCAACGGAGCGGGCAGCGGGGCUGCGCAGCCGCGUGCGGGCGGCGGCGGCGGGGCAGGCGGCGCAGGGUUCGCCGCCGGGAGCAGCCAGCCGUGCACGCCGCGCACUCCGGCCGGCGGCGGGCGGCGCUGGAGCAACGGAUCCGCGUUUGGCGCUGGCGGCAGCAGCGGCCGCGGCUUCGUGCGGCGCGGCUCCCGCACGUUUGCCCGGCGGGGCGGGCUGCGGUCCGUAGGGCGGCGGCUGCUGCGGCUGCUAAUGGCAGCCUGGCAGUGGCUGGCGCAAGGCCUGUCAGCCGCGGACGCGUGCGUGCGGCGUUACUGCGACGCGUCCCUGGACUCUGCGGUGUCAGCGCUGCUGGUGGUGCUGCUGGUGGUGGGGUCGGCGGUGGUGGCAGUGGUCAUGGUCGUGCAGGUUGGUGAGGAGAGCCGUGCGGCGCUGGUGGGCCUUCACGGGCUGGUGCAGCACAAGGGCCGCACGGCAAACCUCACGGGCGUCUGGCGCACUCUGGAGGGCUACGAGCGCCAGCUGGAGGCGGCACUGCCCUCCCUGGCUGACAGGGCGGAGGAGCAGAUGACGUCAUACCUGGCGGCGCACAACCUCACGGGCCUUGCACGCGGCCUGGAAGCCCUGAGGCUGGCGCUGAAGUUGCCAGGCAGCUGCACAGAGGAGGCGCGGGAAAAGGUCGCGGUUGCAGCGGCGCAGGGCGAGAUGGCGGCGGCCGCGGCCCGCAAGCAGCGCGACGCACUGGCGACGCAGGCCUCAGGGCGGGGGUGA